UACCCAUUGUUUUCUGAACGAAACUGCUCUCACAGAGAUACUGACCAUCACCUCAGGCCUCCAUGUGCCCAUCGAGGUGUGAGCCCUGCCAUGUUUUGUGGAUCCCAGACCUUUAAUAAUAUUAAAUUGAGUGGUCUUUAUUUAGAUGGAUGGACAUUGACAAUAACAUUUUUGGUUGCAAGUUUGCAACAUCUUGCUUGAACCCAGAAGUUUGAUCAAUGUGGGGUACAAUUUUGUGGCGUCCAUUCUUCUUGUCUGUGUUUCAGUUUGUUCCCAGUUCAUUGAAUCCUCUUCUCUGACCUACCUAACAGUCACAGAGCUGUAGUUGCUGUGUCCUUUGCAGUUGGACUUGUGAUAACCAAGUCCCAGCCAAAUCGUUGUGUAUAUAAUCGGUAGCUACAAAUUCUGAUUAACUUCAGUGUUGUUAGUUUUCGAAAUAUGCAAACAUACAUGUAAUGCUUACCAAUUUUGUGUUGAGAAGAUUGUGCUCAUGAAAGUGGACGAUUUGUUUGCCACUGAUGCUUUCUUUUGUUAAUACUCCUAAUCUAAAAAUGAUAUUUUGCAGAAAUAUUGGUACAUUUGCAGUUUUGCACUAAAUAUUGGCAUACACAUAUUCUUUCAUUCUCAAAUUGAUUCUUCAAGUAGUAUGCUUUCCAUAUUUAGAAAAAAGGUCACUGUCAUACACUCCAUGUUACUAUUCUUUGGGUAGCAAAUCGUUGGUAGUCCUGGGCUUCAUGACAUCGAUGUUGAUUAGAUCAUGUUGAUAUGAUUCUUUGCCUCCUCUUGGUUGUUGUCAUCUUUCUGGUCCCUGGCAUUUUGCAUCUGAUCUCUAAUCUUGCUUCUUGCCAUCCUUAUCGUUAGGAUAAGGUUGGGCUUAUCUCAGAAGACUUGUUAGUUCUUGCUAUGUUCUAUAGGGCAUGCAAGACCUACUCUGUUUGCUAGAGCAUUGCGUAUAUUUAACCUUUCCUUUGUACAGGUCUGCAUCUUAAAGGAUAUUUUCUUAUAUUUUGGCGAAGAUGAAGAGAACUCAAAUGGCACAGUCAAGAAAAACCAACUCAUGGUGGUGGGAUAGCCAUAUUAGUCCACAAAACUCUAAGUGGCUCUCUGAGAAUCUAGAAGAAAUGGAGAAGCAAGUAAAAGAGAUGCUGGGGUUCAUUGAGGAGGAGGAAGGAGAAUUCUCCGCAGAAAAGGCUGAGGCGUAUUACCAGAAACGACCUUUGCUUAUUACUCAUGUUAAGAACUUCUAUCACAUGUAUCAUGCUCUUGCUGAGCGGUAUGACAGUGUGACUGGAGAACUGCGCAAGAAUAUCCCAUCAUCUCUACAUUCACAUGGCUCUUUUGGUAUCUCUGAAUCAGAUUCUGAGACACAAUCUUCUUCUCCAUCUCUAGAGCCUGAUGUUCAAGAAAUGAUGCCGCAGCAAAAGCAAAAACCCCUACCAGAUUGCUCUGAUGUUUCAGUUGGCUCUGGUGUAAGCUCUGAAGUAUCCAAGAAAGGGAGUGUAGGAUCUUCAUCAUCUUCAGAAUCUGAUUCAGAGCUUGAAGAGGCCAAAGAGGAAAAUAGCAGUAUUUUUUAUGCCUUGAGCCAAAAAAUUAUUGAGCUAGAAGACGAGCUUCAUGAAGCAAGGGGAAAACUUGACACUUUAGAGGAAAAGAACAUGCAUUGCCAAUGUGAUUUUGGUACCGACUCAAAAGUUUCUGAACACGAGGACAAACUGCAGAGUUCAGAUAUGGAAUCCAACAACCUUCAGAAUGAUGUUGAAGAAAGGGCUUCUGCUUUAGAGAGCUUGACAGAAGUCGACAGUGAAAAGGAAGCAUUGGAAGCUGUGCUGUUGGAGCACAAAAACGAGAUCGAAGUGCUGAAAGGAGCAAUGACCUCAGCUGCUAAGCAGUUUGAGGUUGAAUUGGCACAUCGUGAUCUUGAAAUUGAUAAAUGCAGACAUGAGCUUGGAGCCCUCUCAGAGAAAUAUCUGCAUGAUAAGUCUACUCUUGAGGCUGAACUUAGAAAGCUACAGGGAGUCAUCAAGAAUUUGGAAGGUGACCUAGCAAAAAUGUCACAUGAGAAAUUGCAGCUUGAGCCUCGGAUUGAAGAGCUUGAGCAGGCAGCUCACAGCUUAGAAUAUUCAGCUUCUGAGAUAGUGAAGCUGCAAGAAGUAAUAAGGAAUACACAAGCAGAAUUAGAAAAGGUUACAGAAGAGAAAGAAGUUCUCAAAGAACGUGUUAUCGAAUUCGAGCAACUUUUGAAGGACUUUGAGGUUUCAAGUAGAGAGGUUGCAAAGCUACCAGAAACCAUCAAGAACCUGGAAGCCCAGCUGGAAAGAGCCUUAGAAGAGAAAUCAAUACUUCAAGACAGGAUCAAGGAGCUGGAACAAGUUAUGUGUGAUUCUUUGGAGAAACAUUCACAUGAGCAGUCCUCUCUUAUUGCUGAUAUUUUAAAGUUAUCUGAAGCGAAUGCUUCUCUUGAAGGCAAAUUGUCCUCCGUAGAGGCAGAGCUUAUGCAAGUUUAUGUUGACAAGGAAGAAGAAUCCCUCAGUAGUGAGAAGCAAAUUUCUGCGCUGAAGCAAGAUCUUGCUGAUCUCAGGAGCAAGCUCGAAUUGUUGUCAUCUGGGAAAGCCACAGUUGAUGAUAAGUUGGCCAAUCUGCUAACUGAUAUUACAACUCGUGAUGAAAAGAUGCAGCAGAUGGGUGACCACCUGAAUCAGCUUCAGCUUGAGCAUGCCAAGCUGAUGGCAGAGUCUGACGUUGCGUGCAAGUCCUUGUCAGAGCUGCGUGCAUGGGUUUCUGAGCUGGAGGAGGAGGUGGAGAAGCAGAAGCUUGUGAUCUCAGAAAGCGCCGAGGGAAAGCGGGAGGCCAUCAGACAGCUGUGCUUCUCCAUUGAACACUACCGCAGCGGGUAUCAGCAACUGCGGCAGCUGCUGCAUGGCCACAGGAGGCCACUGGUGAUGGCAACCUGAUAACUGAACGUGAUGCGCAUCCUUCUUGGAUGCCCGAUAUGGAUUUGCCAAUGAAAUUCACACUUUCAUGCGUAUUGCCGUGUCCUAUCUGUAGCAUUGUUGGUUCACAACUUGUGCUGUCUCGCUUCUUCAGUUACUAAGAAUUCUGUGAUAUGUGUGUAAAACGUGUCGGGGAUUGAAUGGCCGUGUCGUUCCUUUAUACUCCUAUGAGUUUUGUUCUUGUUGUCAGCUAUUGAAUAUUAUGAAUGUUGUGCUAUGCAUGAUUUUGAUCUUUUUCA